AUGACUGAUUCCCGAGUGUCCAGCCCCCGGUGCCAGGCCAUCGUCUUGUCUCCCAUCUUCCAUCUCUCAUCUCCCCAUCUCCCCGAGCUCCUGCUUCUCUGCCCCUAUCUUGCGGACCUCAUUGAUCUCGCCACUAUUUCAAUCUGCACUUUUCGGCGGCCCGUCCUCGGCGCUUAUUCUUCAACUCAACCUAUUGCCACUGCAACGGUCACACCAGUGAUCCAGCACCUGUCCACGCCGAUCCUCUUCACCGCGGCGUCUCCUUCUCAACCACCCCACCCCACACCUUCUACAUACAUCAUGGCCCCUCGCAAGCCCCGUUGCAACUUCAAGGAGUGCAAGGAAGCCGCCCAGCGGAUCGUCGGCGAUUGCAGCUUUUGCGCCGGCCACUUCUGUUCCAAGCACCGCAUGUUGGAAGCACACUCUUGCAGCGGCCUGGAAGACUGCAAGAAAGAGUCGCACGCCCGAAAUGCCGACAAGCUGAACAGCGAGCGAACAGUAGUCGUCAAGGGGGUAUAA